AUGGCUGAAAAGAAGAAAGAAAAACAUUAUCCAAAUGCUACACUGGAAGAAAUGAAAAAGAAAAUAAAUGCCCUUCGCACGAAUUUCCGAGCUGAAUUGCGCAAAGUGGAAAGGAGUGAAAAAUCUGGAGCUGGAACAGAAGAUAUCCAUGUGCCGCGACUGUGGUAUUUUGAUGCCAUGCUCUUCCUUCGAGACCAGGAUACACCAGCACCUUCUACAAGUAGCAUAAUGGUGCCAGAAGAGAGUCAUGAAGGGCAGAAGGAAAACUACACAGAACAGAUGACCGUCAUCAAGGAGUCUUCCGAAUUCUGUCACAGCAAUAACGCCUUCGACGAGCGUUCAGUUGGGCUGGACCAAGGUGUGACUACUACUAAGGCGGUUCCUACAGAACCGUGCAGCGAAAGGUCUAAUGAAGAGAAGUCAACCAGUUCGUUAACUGCAGAGAGCCUUCUUAAAGAAUCGUUGGAAGACGAACACGACAUCCAAGGUAAAGCGUGGGCCAACCAACUACGCAAAAUGGAUCCUAUGCAGCAGCUCUUUGCUAAAAAAGCAAUCGAUGACGUGUUAUUUGAAAGUCGUUGCGGCAACCUCAGCCGAAAUUCAGUUAAAAUUAAUCAGACUAAUGUGGUAUAUGCACCUACUUCAUCUACGCCUCACAGCCUUCCCUCAUAUGCAGAUACUUUAUCUAGGACUAGUACACCCAACAGCAUGCACAGUACUCACAGCCUUCCCUCAUCCAUGGACACCUCUCGUGGAUUUCAGUCCAACGUUCAAGACGCAAAUGAAACUAAUUUUGUGGAGGCAAACCCACUUGCACAUUAUUUUUCAAAUUUUCCAAAUUAA